AUGUGUCGCAACGGCCUCGGAAUACUCGUGAGUCUGUUCGUUUUAUCCCAAAAUCUCCCGAUUUUCGGGUAUAAAAUUGACAAAAACGCCAUUGUACUCAGGAAUAAAUUGGUUAACUUUAAUCUAAACCGGAAAUUUCGCCGUAUUUCCUCCCGGGUAAACCCUCUAACUACUGUAAACAAUGUGAAAAAUGUGUUGGGGGUUGAGUUGCCAAAUACAUUAACUUUGAGGACUAAACUUACUAAAUGUUUUCCAGUGUUGAGUGUGGACUUUGGCAGUACCGUUGGGCUAAGUUUCAAUUAUCUGAACGAGUUUGAGCUGUUUAAACCCGUUAAAUUCACAAACUACCCCCAGCUGACCAAGGAUAUUAAGCGAAUUGUUAACUAUGUUAAGCGGAAAUUUGUCAUUUCUAGUCUCAUUGUGCUCUUUGGGUUUCCCUACAACACUGGCCAUUUUAGUCAUCACACUCUCUCACAUGGUAAUAUUAGUGGAGACGCGGUUAGUACAGACCUGAGACUACUAUUUCAAAUCUUGUUCACUCUUGACUUUAGUUCUUAUUUCGCCCACUGUAAUUGUGUCAGCCCUGGAGAUACUGGGGACAUCGUUACCAAAUGUGUUUACUGUUCGUUAUUCCCUGGUGAGGCAUGUGUCAGUGGCAGGGAUUGCAGUACUAAUGUUAACUUGGAAGAUUAUUUAAAUUCUGACAUAGUUUUAGGCACCUCAGAACACUACACCACCUUUCAGAAUUCACACAUUAAGAACACUGUGAAUAGUGUGAACAAUGUAAACUCUGUAAACAAUGUGGAUAGUGUGAGCAGGAUGUGUGAAAAGGACGGUAUGAGUUCAUUGAAUAUAUAUGAGAAUUUAGUGAGUGGUGGUGGUUUUGUGGUAUUGCCGAAUGGGAAUUGUGUGUUUAACGGCACAAGGAGUAAUAACAAUUUACUCUACCAACACAUCAAACACAAACUCACUCAAUCUAAUCCACACUAUUACAUUUCUCACUAUAUUACUCAGUAUACUAUUUUACACUAUUAA